AUGGAAAAAGAUGCAAGAUCAAUCUCGAAAAAAAGAAAACCAGUUGAUAUUUCGGUAGAAAAUCUGCAUUGGAUUUGCAGAAGCAGUUUGCUUAAGCAAAACUAUGGGCGUAUGGAUGAAGCGCAUAUCAUUAACUUUCUCCAGUGCAUAGCAAAAAUGACGAAUGUGGAGACGGAGUUUGAAAAACAUUGGGGAAAAUCGUGCGGAGUUCAUUUUGGCGACGUUCUUUGGAUUUUUCUCGUGGCAACUGGGGAAAAAGUGCUUUUUAGAGAGAUAUACAGGCUGCAAGGCCUUGAUGAGACAGCAGACCAAGAGUUGUUUGACGACAUUGUAUAUGGAAUACACCACGAGCUGCAGUACUUGUAUGGGAUGCUGGCAAGCAAUGCGAUCAACUGGGGAUCCAUGAUGUGCGCAGAGGGGCUGGGGGACUCAGCAUAUUUAAAGGGCAUGACAAGAACGCUUCUGCGGGCCUUCUACAUGAACAAUGAGAUCGUGCAAGACGCGCUUAUGUGCCGACUUGAGGGUGUCAUAGGGAUUCUGAGAAACACCAUUGGAACCCGCGAGAUUCCAAGGCUUCCCGGCAUGUGGAUGCUGUACACGUGCAAAACCAGAGAUGGCAUGCGGUACAUCGACAGGGGGAUUGAGCUGCUGGCCCACCAGAAAGAGCUGGAGCUUCUGCUGGAAAUGCCCCCAGAGAAGCUUGUGCAGAUUAUUCUCUCAACGUGCGACUCCAUGAAGGUGCAGCGAACAGAUCUAAAAAUACUGAUGGGCAUGUAUGUAAGCUGGCGCCAGAUAAUUGCCGCCGAAGGGAAGUUUUGGGGGGCGCUCAAUGUGCAGCAGCUGGAAAAGAUUUUCCCUCUGCUGGCGCCCAACCGUGCGUUUAGGCCCGAAAAGCUGCUAAGGCUGAAAGAAAAAGCCAAAGAGAAAGGUGCGAUUGGCUGCUUUCUGAUGGAGGAAGAUGCACUGGACCUAAUGAAGAACGUGCACGAACCCGUCAUAUAUGAGGUGAAAACCGUACUUUCUGUGAGAAUUGCCAAGAUCAUGCACGAGCUAAAAAUAAUAUGCGAAGACCCGAGCACGCAGUCCACCAGAAAGUUCUUGGCGGAGCUUGAGAGAAGAGAGCCGCCGGUUUUGCAAUUUACAAGCAUUUUUGCGCUGAUCAAAAGCAUUUUUGUGUGCACACUCUAUCGGGUGCGAAUGGCAAAGAAGACCAUAAGACGGUGGUCAAAGAUGCGCAUUCAAGCAACCAAAAAAAUAGCAAGCCAGGUCCAGCAGGCAGUCUACAACUUCUUUUUCAUGGCCAGGUUUUUGCAAAAAUCUCGAAAUACAUACCGCUCGUCAGUCGACCUUGCCAAGAGCGUGGCUGGCGAACAUGCAGAAAGCAUGGCUGUCAAGAGCGCAGCAAUGUAUGGCUCUAUGGCGUGGGAGGCAUUUGAAACCACCGACACGCAUAAAAGAAUCUCCCAAAUGCCUAUAAAUAUCCUGUCCGGGGUUAAGAAGCCGGUGGUUUCCACGGUAAACAACUAUGUGCUGCCUGUACUGUCAGCGGCGGAGUCGGUGCUUUCGCAGAUUGGUGCAGCCAUACCCAUGUAA